CUGAAAUUGUAACCGGAAACUUGCUAAACCUCUGACCUCUCGCCGCUCUUUCGAUAAACCCUAAUCCCCUCUUGAGCGCAGCGCCCACGCGAGGGGGCGGCUCAGGUGAUCUUUUGCGUCGGCCUUUGCUCCUCUCGGUCGUUUGCCACCCAUGGAUUUGCAGCAGAACGAUUUCGAUCGGCUCCUCUUCUUCGAGCACGCCCGCAAGACCGCGGAGGCGGCCUAUGCCAGUAACCCCCUCGAUGCCGAUAAUCUCACGAGGUGGGGAGGAGCGCUUCUUGAGUUGUCCUCGUUUCAGAGCGGUGACGACUCCAUAAAGAUGGUAAAAGAUGCUAUAUCAAAACUGGAGGCAGCCUUAGAGGUGAAUCCGAGCAAGCAUGACACUCUGUGGUGCUUGGGAAACGCCCAUACUUCUCAUGCAUUCUUCACACAGGAUCGCGAGACAGCUAUGGGUUAUUUUGACAAGGCAACUCAAUGUUUCCAACAGGCUCUGGAGUUGGAUCCUGGAAACGAGUUGUAUCUUAAAUCGCUGGAUUUGUCAUCCAAGGCACCUGAAUUACAUCUAGAGCUCCAAAGGCAGAUGGCAAGUCAACAGGCUUCACAGGGAACAACCUCAGCUUCAAAUGUGAAGGCACCCAAGAAGAAGAAGAGCAGUGACCUUAAGUACGACAUCCUUGGCUGGGUAAUUCUUGCGGUUGGUAUUGUCGUAUGGGUUGGAUUGGCCAAAUCACAUGGUCCUCCCCCGCCUCCAAGGUAAAGAUGUCGGAUGUUUUUAUUCAUCUGCAAGGGGAAGAUUCUACCAUACUAAUUGAUCAUGAAGUGAACAUGAAGGCAGUGUUAAUGUGAUUGUCGGAGAAUACUAAUGGGUGCAGCUUUCUAGUUUGCUGCUCCCUUGUGGCAAAAAUCAUCUCAAGUCCAAUUCAUCAUUUGCUUUAGUAGGCGCAUUUGUCUUGUUUUUUGUCAUAUUGAUAAAGAGAGGUUUCUAUUUGCAAUAUGCCGAAGUUUGGCAUUUCUGAGUAAUCUCAAUACAGCAGACUGACAAUGCUGGUGAAACAGUAGUGGCCAUGAACAACUAUUGCUUACCCUAAGUUGAUAAAUGCUUCCAAAAUAUUCUGGUCGUUA